GAACCAUGUUAAAAAAAAAAAAAAAUUAUAAACGUGAACCUACUAUUUAGAAAUGGUAUAUUUUGAUAUAUUUUCCGGAAAAAUGUCUUAUUGUUCUAAAACAGAAAAAAUGGCCCCUAAUAGGGUCAUGUUGCCAUGGGUAAGUGCCAAGUAACAAACGCAUUAUGAAUGUGCGUAUUUAUUCGGCAUGAAAAUAUCGUGCGUGAAAACAAGUCGAAUUACGGAAGUCACCGUUGGAAGGGUAAAACAAUACAAAUUAAUACACACUAAUGUGGGUGAUGAUACUUAUUGAAGUUUACUAAAAACCAUCUCCUUGGGAAUGGUGAAUGACUCCAGCCUAAUAUUUAUGGUAGAUGUUUCGCCGUCAACGCUUAAAACUAACGUAUUGAUAAACGUCACAUCAGAAUACGUACAUGCAGUAUAUUAUCAACACUAUAAGCAAAUCCUUCGUGCAUUUUGAAUAUCAUUUAGUGGAUAUAUUCUCAAUAAUUGAGAUUGAAUAAAGCUACAUUUGUGGUGUAGACGUUAUGUUAUGUUGUAAUCACACUUCGUGGUGGUGCCGAACAUAAGUUAUUCAAAAUAUCCAUAGCUAGAAAGCUUUGGGUCCUAAAUAAAGCGAGUACUGAUUAAUUUAUUAUAAUUGGAAAAGUAAAAUAAAAUCAGUUAUCAAAAUGAACACAUGGCCAAAUGAUUAUUUCAGAUAUCCAUGUGCAGUAACCGAAAACGACGAGCUUUCGGUUCUUUAUGCUACAAGAGAUCGUCUAGUUCUAGCUUUAGAACUAGACGAAUUACAGCAUAAAAAUGCAGUAAUGAAAAAAGAAUUAGAAUAUGCUGAUUAUAAAAACAAGGAAAAGAUGAACGAGUUAAAAGCAAAAUAUAAAAAGAUUUUGGACCUUCGUAAAAACGAAACUAAUCUUAAACGUUCAGCCAAAGAUUUGAGUUUGCUAAUUAAUUAUUUAAAAGGAGACUUGCAUUAUACAAAGAAAAAGUAUAAUAAAGAACAUAAACAAUUAACUGAGUUAAAAAGUUAUAAUAAGAGAAUAAAGGAAAAAAAAGAUAAAUGUAAGAUAAAAGUUGACAAACUUAAAAGUAAUUUAAGAAUGAAAAGACUAGAAUUACGCGAUGAACGACAAAAAUGUCGUCGUUCAAUUGAACAUUUCGAAACAGAAAUAGAAGCAUUAAAAACGGAAAAAGAAAAUAUGGAGACAUGUAUAACUUAUGAAAAGAAUGAAAAAAAAAAAAAUGCUGAUGAAUUAUUCAAGUGUAAAGCGGAAAUCGGAAAUUUAAAACAAAAAAUAAAACACUUUAAAUACUAUUUAGUACAUAUAUUAAAUUUGAUUCUGAACAAUGACGUGUUAUUUUUACAGUAA